AAAUUGACAAAUCUAGCUUUGUCGCCAUUGUAAAAGUGAUUGAACACAAUUAAUUAUUGUGUUAUAGUGUUAACUGUUUGAUGUGCUACAAAACAUAAAAUGGACGAUCAAAUGGAUUUCAGUAACGAUAUCGAUGGAUCAGUUCCAGACGAUUUCGAGGAGGACGGUGGUUUUGAAAAUGAUAUAGACAUAGGCGACGAUUUUCCGGCUAGGAGAGGACGAGGUGGCUUCAGGGGAGGCCGAGGACAGAAUCGUAACUGGCCCGGGCCACCACCUGGCGGACCACGUGGAGAGGGCCCUCGAUUUCGAGGCCGCGGUUUUGGUCCGGGUGGUCCGCCCCCAUUUCGAGGUCGCGGAGGACCACCGCCUAUGUUCGGUAGAGGAGGUCCACCAAGAAAUCCACCACCAGGGGGGCCAGGAUUUCAACCACCACCUGGUUUCCAGCCACCACCUAAUUGGGGUGGUCCCCCAGGCGGUGGCGGGCCUCCAAACAUGAUGGACAACGGUUUCAACGGGCCGCCAGGAGGUCCACCGUUCAGCGGGCCUCCCAGUCUGAUGGGAGGACCGCCGAAUGCACCGCAACACGGUGGUGCUGGCGGUUCUGGCGGUUCGUCGGGCAAUCAGUUCGCCGUCAAUGCGGAUAGCAACAAUGAGAUCUGGGUGGAAACAAAGACUGCUGAGGGAAAACCGUACUAUUACAACGCCCGUACUCGGGAAACCACCUGGACAAAACCUGAAGGUGCCAACAUAAAAGUGAUUUCACAGGAUCAAGUAGAAGCAAUGGCUCAGGCUGCCGUUGUCAUUCCGCAGAACACGUCGACUGCAGCCCAAGCAGCUUUAGCACAAGCAAAUGUCACCAAUAAACCAGACACUGAAAGUGACGAAUCAAAAGCAGCCGACGCGGCUAAGGCGGGUGUCGCUAUGUCCAACGGUCAGAUGCCCGCUCCCAAUCUCAUCGGCCCUCCUCCUGGUAUGCCACCUUUCGGCGGUGGACCUCCUGGUCAGUUUGGCGGCGGACCUCCGUUUGGAAUGCCACCGCCCGGAUUCCAAGGCGGAUGGGGUGGACCCGGCCAGCCACCCGGUUGGCCAGGUGCACCACCCGGUGCCGCCCCUUGGGCUUUACCCCACGGAUUGUUGCCGGGACUGGCGGGCGCGUUGCCUGCCAUCGAUGAGGCGGCCGUCAUGUCGAAAAUCGAUCCGGAUAUAAUUGCGAGGGCCAGCGAAUGGACUGAACACAAGGCACCAGAUGGACGGUCGUACUACUACAAUGCCAAGAAGGCCGAAUCGGUUUGGGAGAAGCCGCAACCCCUUAAAGAUCUCGAGACUGCAAAAUUGGCUGCCGCACAAGGAGUGUCUACCAGACCGGGAUUGGAAUCUGCGCUUAUGCGCGAUACAGGUAAGACAUUGGGUGUCGCCCCCAACGGUGACGUUACGAAGGACGACAAGGAAGUUUCUGGUGAGGAUAAAAUUAAGAAGCUUCAGGAGGAGAUCAAGAAGAAGAAAGAGGAGGAGGAAAAGGCCAAGGAACAGAAGGCGCAAGACAAGUCCAAGCCAAUAUCCAGUACACCUGUACCUGGGACACCAUGGUGUGUUGUGUGGACGGGCGAUGGACGGGUGUUUUUCUAUAACCCAAGCACUAGAACGUCGGUGUGGGAAAAGCCUGAGGAACUUGCUAAACGUACAGAUGUUGACAAAAUGACAGCGAAUCCACCUGACACACUGGCCAACAAUAACAACAACAGCAGCGGCGGCACCUUACCCACCAAGCAAGAGGUGCUCAAGAGUCCUGGCAAGACAAAGCGUGCGUCGGACGACAGUGACAGUGAAGCCGAGGAUGAAACUCCCGCCAAGAAAUCGAAAAAGGAGGACACGCCACCGCCCACGAAUGGAGCCCCACAGGCAGUAAAAAAAAUCGACAUAGGUAAGGAAGCGGCCAUCGAGGCCGAAGUGAGGGCUGCCAAGGAGCGGGCCGUGAUACCCUUAGACACUCGAAUAAAACUAUUUAAAGAGAUGCUGGCUGAAAAGCAGGUAUCUGCUUUUAGCACUUGGGAAAAAGAGUUGCACAAAAUUGUGUUCGAUUCCAGAUAUCUUUUGUUGACAUCAAAAGAGAGGAAGCAAGUUUUUGAGAAAUAUGUGAAAGAAAGGGCGGAAGAGGAACGAAGAGAGAAAAGAAAUAAACUGCGGGAGAAAAAGGAUGCAUUUAGAAAGUUACUUUCUGAAUCGCAUCUUCAUGGCAAGUCGUCAUUUAGCGAUUUUGCCCAAAAAUACGCGAAAGACGAGCGAUUUAAGGGUGUCGAAAAAAUGCGGGAGCGAGAGAGCCUGUUCAACGAGUAUCUGAUUGAGGUGCGAAAAAAAGAAAAGGAGGAGAAGAGCCAGCGUCGUGAACAGGUAAAGAAAGACUUCAUCGCGAUGCUUCGCGAACAUUCCGACAUUGACCGGCAUUCACACUGGUCGGAUGUAAAACGCAAAGUGGAUUCGGAUCCACGUUACAAAGCGGUCGACUCCACGGGACAGAAGGAGGAGUGGUUCCGUGAGUACUGCAAGUUAUUGAAGGAGGAGCGCAAACGUGCAAAGGAAAAGGAUCGCGAACACAAACGGGACAAGGAGAAGCAUAAGAAGAAAGAUCGUGAUCGUGAGCGUCACUCAAAGGACAAAGAUAAAUCCGAUAAAGAAAAAGAAAAACAACGUAAGGAGGGUGAGGAGCCGGAUGAAGAAGCCGACGCUGAGGUUUCAAAUAAAGAAGUUGAGGAGAAUGACGUAGAAGAAACCGAAGAUGAGAAAGCACAAGAACAGAAGGACAAAGAACGCCAAGCAAGAGCUGAAGCCAGUCUAAGAGAAAGAGAAAAGGAGGUACAAAGAACAUUGGCGACACAUAUGAGGGAUAGGGACAAGGAAAGGGAGCAUCACAAACGAGAUGAAGCUAUCCAGCACUUCAACGCCUUGUUGGCAGAUUUGGUGAGAAAUCCUGAUCUGAGUUGGCGUGAAGUUAAACGAAUCUUGAGGAAAGACCACAGGUGGGAUUUGGCAGAUUCGUUGACGAGGGAAGACAAAGAAAAGUUGUUCAAUGACCACUUAGAACAUCUUUUACGCAAAAAAAGGGAAAAGUUCAGGGAGCUCCUUGAUGAAACAACAGAGGUCACAUUGGUGAGUGGCUGGAAGGAAAUUAAGAAAAUAAUCAGAGAUGAUCCACGCUACACCAAGUUUGCUUCAAGUGAAAGAUGUGAGCGGGAAUUCAAAGACUACCUCAAAGAUAAAUUAAUAACUGCAAAGGGACAAUUCAAGGAAUUACUACAAGAAACGAAAUUAAUUACACACAAAUCCCUCGCAACAUUACGGGAAAAUCAAUCCCAUAUGACGGAAAUAGAGGACAUAUUAAAGAACGAUAAACGUUAUUUAGUAUUAGAUCAUAUACCUCAAGAGAGGACUCAGUUAAUUCUUAACUAUUUAGAGGAAUUAGAUAGGAGGGGUCCUCCUCCGCCACCCACCGCUAGCGAACCAAAUAGGAGGGCUAUUAAAUAAUAUAUACGUUAUGGUUUUAAUUAGUGAUGUUUUGUCUGAAUUUCAGUCACAAUUUUUUAUUGUAUGUAUAUUUCAUGAACUGUAUAUCUUAUAUAUUAAAUUAUGUAAGUAAACUGAA